AUGUCGGGCAGCAGUGAGGCAACGAAAAUUGAGGCCAACAAUGGAUCGGUUGCGACUGGCGGAAGCGAAGAUCCGGGGAAUAUCACCGAUCUGACGUUGAUGAUCCAAGGUGUUCUCCAGCAGACGCAGGAUCGUUUCCAGCAUUUGUCGGAUUCGAUCAUUAGAAGAAUAGAUGACAUGACGAAGCGAAUCGACGAUUUGGAGAAGAGCAUCACGGAUCUGAUGACACAAAAUCAAAUGGAGCAACCUCAAAUU